AUGUAUAUGUCCUUGUUUCUGUCAGAAUCCAGAAAGUCCAUCAUAGCAAACGUUGAAGAACUUCGUAAUAGCCUCGGCGGCACGGCCCCAUUGGCCACCAAAAUGCAAUGUGCAUAUCGCCAUUUGUUGAAGCUUGAUUGCCCCGUAAGCAUAGCGUCAGGAAGAGAUGACGUGCGGGGUAUCUCGGGGAACACACUGCAAUAUCUCCACGGUCAUGGACUUACUGUGUACCAUCAUUGCACUGUCGUCCCUUCCAUUGCCGAGGAACCCACUGUCAAUGGUGCCGUAAAUUCUACAACCACCAGUAACAGUAAUGACUCUAAUACGGGUUCAACACAGCUUAAGCUUCUGCCAAUGCCGAUACUACUUAUACGGAGCGCCACGGAUUCAAAUGCUUUGGACCGUAUGAAGCAUACCCACCAAGAUUGUUACCAAGCGCAAAUUUCCCGUCGAAAGCAGCGCUAA